GCAACGCUCUAUAAAAUUUAAUAUAUCGUUCAAAAGUUGGUGCUUAUUACGUUCAUAAUAAGGAGAAAUCGUCAACACUAUCAACCUGUUAGCCAUGAAAAGAACGGAGGAGCUACAUAGGGCCAUCCAGGUCGGCCUAGUUCCGGAAGUAAGGCGGCUAGUGGUGCAGGGGGCGGACAUGGACCACGUACUCGGAAUGCGGGGAACAUCGCUUUGUGCGGCGAUUGAAGCAAGAAGUUUAGAAAUCACCAAGUUCCUGCUGACUUCCGGAUGUGAUGUCAACGCACGUGACUUUGACGGAGAACCCCCGAUCAUGCUCGCUAUACGUAAAGCCGCUCCCGUCUUGAGAAAGAAAAAUGCGAUGACACUGAAUUUCAAACCCAGUAUAGAUGAUGCCGCUUGUCUUGAAAUAGUUCCUAUCAUUAUCAACCAUAAAGACUGCAAUUUGAAUAAAGUUGAUCCUAUCACUAAGCAGACGGCGAUACAUUACGCAAUUUCAGAGGAUUUGACCGGUGUAGUGGAAAUGCUUAUGACGUCACGUUGUGACGUCAAAUGUAAAGUGAAUUCUAGAGACGCGGGUGGUAAGACGGCGUUACAUUUAGCGGUUGAGACCGGCAACAUUAAUAUGGUAAAACAUCUUCUGGCCAGUGACACUUGUAUGGAGAAAGUCUUCACAGGAGAAAAGGUGUUUGUCGGAUUUCCAUUCAGCAGGGAGGGUUUAACUGUGCUUCAUACAUGUGCGAAACUAGGUCACACGGAAAUCAUGCAAAUUCUAGUUGAAAAAAUAAACGGUGAAAGGAAAUUAAUCCAUGAAGUAAAGGUAGAAAGAUCUAAAAACCAGGAAUGUGUUCUCCUAAACUUGAACGCCGUAACAAAAUUUGAAAAACAGACCUGUCUUCACUUGGCAGCGCGUAAUGGGCACGAGGAAAUUGUGUGUCAGUUGGCACGAUGGGGGGCAAGCAUCGACGAAAAAGACUCCAUGAAUAUAACACCGCUUUUGUUUUCAAUUUGCUCUGACAAAUAUUGGUUGACUGGCGAUAUUGCAAUUCCUAAGCUGUUACUGAAGAUGGGAGCUUAUCCCAACAUAAGGGCGUCGGUGAGAGGCUUCAGGUUUACUAGUAAUCCUGACCUUGAUCUUUCACCUUUGAAUCUAGCGGCGUGUAACAAUGACCUUGAACUUGCAAAGUUGUUGGUGAAAAACGUUGCGGAUGUUAAUCAACCGGACAAUAUGGGGAACGUGCCUUUAUAUAAUGCUUUAUGGUCCAAUUCAGUUUCGGCUGCCUUUUAUUUUCUAAGAGAUUGUCCUGAAACCAAUGUCAAUAUUCAAAAUGUGGACGGUUCCACACCAUUGCACGCCGUAGUUAAAAUAACACAAACCACAGCCAAGUCCGUUAAUGUAAUCAAAGAUCUUGUGAACUGCAUUUUUGCCCGGGGAGGUAGAAUUGCUUCAAAUAAUACGGGCCAGACCGUGUUUAUGAACGCUUUUGAAUAUGAAAAUCAUGUGUUAAUGGAUGUCGUCCUUGAGCAUAAUAAGACCACCUUUGAUCAAAUUGAACAUGGGAAUGAAGAAUCUAUGAUUGAAAUGCUAAAACGUGCUUGCGAGCUUGGUCUGGUUGAAAUGCUACGGGUACUACUUUCCCACGGGGCGGAUAUAGAUCAAAAAUAUGAGUUUAGAGGUAGAAGGGUAUCACUUCUAUAUUUGUCUUGUCUUCCUGCUGAAGUGAAGGUAGCAAAGUUUCUGGUCGAGAAUGGUAUUGAUAUUGCAAAAGAUGAAUGGAUCUUCCAAGAUAACAACGAUAGUAUGGCUACUACGUCGAGUAAGUUAAAUGGAAACGAAGAUGAUGAUGAUACUGAUGGCGAUGGUGAUUCUGACAUAGAUACUGAUGACGGCGACUCAGACUAUGAUGAUGACAACGACGAACCAGCGCCGAGACUUAGGGGUUUGGUAAAAGACAUGUAUUCAAGGUCAAGGAAGCUUGAGCUGGUAUGCUUGGUGACAGUCAGGAAAUAUUUCAUCAGUAACAGUAUACCAUUCUCUAGUAUGCAGGAACUUCCAAUCCCGAGAAAACUGAAAAAUAGACUCAGAUAUCGGGAUGAUAAUUAUUAAAUGUAAAUUAGCAGAUUUUUUAUAACAGAAUGUGUCAUCGUCGUAUAUUUUUGGAUUUAUAG